AUGGAGUCGCGUAAUAACGAAUCAUCCUGCCCAUCUCCUUGCGUUCCACCACCAACCUCCGCCCCAGAAGGAGAUCUCUGGACUUUCACUUUCCCAUCCGCGGCAGAACUUGGAACUACCCCCGCUUUCCCCUCCGGUUCCGCCACCCCGACAACACCUACCGCGUCGGUCAGUACCGAGAAUCCCGACGAGAUCCAGCACUUGACGUUGGCUUCUGCACCUUCGACAUCUACGGUGUCUCAACCGUCUACGUCAUCCGAUAUUUCGUCCGCCCACGUUCGUCCUUCUACGGACUCAUUCUCUACAUUUCGCGAAUCCACACUAUCGUCUCCUCCAUCCCGGUCAGCAGCAGCUUCCCACGCGACCGAGGCCCCUUCUCCAGCUAAACGCGCUCGUACUACGGCAGCUACAUGUGAAGGAAUACAACCUCACCCGGCAUAUCCACCUCGCUGGGAACGUACUCCUGACAACUUCCGUAGUCCUUUCGCUGCGCUCCACCCAUGGGGCCGAUACGUGGAAGAGCGACGACGUCUGCCCCAGCUACAGGACAACCAGGUCACAAGCGUUCUACCACUCCAUGCUUAUCGUCACAUCCCGUGCAACGGAUACUUUGCCAGCCGCUUCGUCCGCUCUCUGUUCCCACGCCGUUUCGCUGGGACACCCUCCCCUCAGAAUCCUAUUCCUGUCAUGGAGCUCAUGAAGCUGCAAAACAUCAUAAGUUUCCGGCAGCACGCCGCUCAGCUUACAACGGAGUUACUUGAUGACAGCUAUCGUGACGAUACGGAAGAUAUCCGACGUAUACCCUGGACCACCCCCGGAGCCCCAAUCGCUUCUUGCCUGGUACCUCCUUCCGACAACAACCAGCACCCUGUUCUGUAUCAAGUCGUGGCCCGAGGAUAUGGCCAAGGCGUGAUCCUGGAAGCGAAAGAUUUCUUCAUACCGGGGCCCGAUCUCCGCGAAUUACACUGCGUACCACUGGUUCAGGAUUCCGUGAACCUCCGUUCCGGCACCCGUGGCUUCGACACGACGCAGGUUUCGGUCAAAGAUCUCGUCUGGGUUUAUUCGUUACGACCCACCCAGGCCACUAUCCGCAGCCAAGACCGAGCACGCGUCUUGAAACGGGCG